CAGCAGUCUUUCGUAUCAGCUGACAAGCAAAGCAAAAACAGUCGGUGCGCGACCAUCUUGUCAAAACUGGAGUCGGUGACAACAAAUAAAUAUUGUAAAAUGUCUUAAAUCGCUCGUUAUUAAACAAAGUAAACUUUGUUUUUAAUAAAGUAUAGUGUUUAUUUCGUGUUGGUGUUAUUUUUAACGCGGUUGCUAUACAUUUUGCUCAAUAAUUUCGGGUUUAUGUUGCGUCAAAUGACGUCAUGUAUGUGAUUAUUAUACACGUAUCGCGACUGACGAGUUCGUGAACAAUGCAUGAGCAGGACGGCGACGGGGAGCCGGCGCACCACGCGCGGCGGCCGAUGAACGCGUUUCUCAUCUUCUGCAAACGACACAGGAGCGUCGUGCGCGACAAGUAUCCUAACCUCGAAAAUAGGUCCAUUACCAAAAUUCUUGGAGAAUGGUGGGCUAACUUGGACAAAGAAGACAAAGCUUGCUAUACAGGUCUUGCUAAACAGUACAAAGACGCCUUCCUCAGUGCCAACCCCGACUUCAAAUGGUACAAGUUACCCGCACCGCCUCUCCGUACACUUUCCUCCCGACCAAGAGAACCGACUGAAAAACCAAACGAGUUCCCCAAUAUCGCCUACCAUGAAACAGAACUCGAAAAAACCAACAACAAUUCCACUAAAGUUGACCUCAAUAAAAAGCCAAAUGAAGUCGUGCCCGAAGACGAUCAGAAACGAUUGUCAAUGUUCACGCCUGGCAAACUGGCAGAUGAAGCCCAUAUGGGGGGCUUAAGUAGCCUCCUGGCAACGAAGACUGAAACUCAAACUCCAAAUCCAUACUAUUCACCUCCAAACUUUAAAUACAAUGCGAUCUCAACCUCAAACGACUACAGAUCUCAAAGCAUAUUGGAGACGUCCAAAACAAAAGGUCUUUCCAGAGAGGAAAAUAUACGGGAACUACAAAAUGCUCUUACUGAAACCAGUAAGAUAUUUGAAGAAGAGUUUGAUGAUGGAACUGGUAAAGUACAUAGGUAUGGACAUGGUGUUUCAAAUGAUCAAUUCACCAAUCAAGAUGUGAUAGACCAAAUAGUUGAUAAGAGAUACUCUAAGGAUGAUGAUAAUUACAUGAAAAACUGGUCAGACGACGAGAAGAAUUCGAGAGCUGGCAGGUCAUGUAAGGGAAAAAGGUACCAAGAGUUCAUGGCUGUUGGGGGACUGAUAGUUAAUAAGAGGCAGAAACGAGACCACUAUGAUAAAAUGCCAGACGAGGAAUAUAACGCAUCUUGUAGUUGGGAAUCCAACAAUUCACAUGGCGAAGAAUCUGCGGUGGCCGAAGAACCUGUGCAAGACAGUUCAGUGAACGACACGUCGAAUGAAAACGAAAUAAAACACGAGACACCAGACACAUCCGAACCAGACAAUAACACAAACAAAACAUUCAAGGCUGCCGACUUCGAUUUAGAUGCUAAAAUUAGAGCCUUACCGUCUCUCAGUCUAGAAAAAUUCCAACAGAAGAAGAGAGAAAAUAAACGCAAAAAGAAAUCAGCUGGUCUGAAAUCUAAGAAUGUCGAGCCAGUGGACCGAAUUAUAAAUGCAGUCCCUAGAUCGUUUUUGGAUGAUAGGCGAGAAAUGGUAGAAAGCUGGCGGGAGCACGUGAUCGGUAGUCAGAAACGAAAACCGAGGAAAGUGAGCAUCACUAGGCUCGAUUUUAACAGUAUGGCGGCUAGCAUGGAAAUGAAAGAAUCGCAUAAAAUAAGCCCCGAAAUCAAAUUAGCUACCGAAGCGCCUUGCACCGUUCUUCAGAGUAUGGAGUUAUGUAAACAGCCGCCACACAGUCACGUAGAUUUACUGGCUCUGGCGACUUUAGCCGAAGUGGCUGCGAACAAGUCCAAAAUAGAGGAGUCCUCGAUGAUCGACACGAUGACCGCCAAAGCGAGCGAAGAAAACGCUUCCAUGGUAUGAGAUACCAAUUAGCCUUAAAAAGAUUCCAAAAAUUAUUUACUUUAUAAUCAGAUAUUUAUAUAUAUUAUAGAUCUACUUUUACAUAUGUAGUAUGCAUAAAGAUUAAUAUUAUAUUGUACACUUAAUGUAAUUUUUAUAACAUAGAGAUAGAUUUUAUUUAUACGAAAAUAGAGACCUAUGUAUACUUGUUUCAGUUAGUUGGUCUUAGGCCAUUCAUUCUGCUUUGUUAGGAUUAGAACAUACGGUGAUAGUUUUUAACAUCACAUAAAUAAAAGCAAGGCAUAAUGUAUUAUGUAAAUUUUAUGUGUUUAAAAUAAAACUUAAUUAAACACGUUUCAGAUUAAUAAUUUAAUGACCUAUUUACAUAAUGUUGGUCAUUACGUGUGUAUUUUUAAAACAUGUAAUUGCAAUUAACAUCACAUGGUAAAUAUCAAAUGCCAAACACAAGUCAUAAUUUAUGUAUAAUGUAAACCUCAUUUUGUAUAAUUAGAUUAUUUGAAUCGCCUUAAAACUUAGAUUGUAAAUAAGGACUAAGACACCACGUGCAUAGACUGCAUUGCAUUUUUACGGUGGUUUGUUACGUUCAUUGCAUAUUGUAUUGUGCAAUUUAUAAUUUGUAUAUAUUUUUAUAUUCAUGUGUGACAUUAGUCACUUUUGUGCAUUAUAUAUGAUGUCCACACUGAGCCACAUGAGGAUUUGCGGUAGAAGCAGUAGUGCCAACGAGGCGCUUACUGAUCUUUACGUACGAAUUUACAAUGAUUAAAAUCAACCUAGAAUUGUUCGUUUGCGAACAUUACGAUUGAAAUUAUAUUUAAAAAAGAGAAUAAAGUAGGUAUUUACAAAAAUAAAUCAUAAAUUGUGAGUAAAACUCGCACUUCUUUGUGAUAAACAAUAUCUAUUUUAUAUUCAUAGUAAAGUUUUCUAUCAUUUGAAAAGUCGCUUUCAAUAUCAUUCAUUGUAAUUCUCUCAUUCAUAUACUCGCGUCUUUGUCUAUCAAUCCUCUAGGAUACUCUAGGCACCUUUAGUGUACUGGUCGUAUAAUAAGAAAAAGAUGGGCAGUAUAUCGGCUCAAUAGUUCAAAAUUAAGGGAAAAAAACAAGUCUUCUUACCAAAAUAAAACAUAAAAUAUUGUUAAAAGUACAGAAAUAUAACAGUAUAUGGUCCUUAAUAAAUGUUAGCUGUUAUUUCUAAGAUACGAAUAGAAAAACCUUGUCCCUAUUAGGUACCUGAAGUUUAUCGAAAUUUGCGUAAAUUCGCUUAAUGUUUUAAUCGUUUCGGAGUUUAUUUUAUUAAUAUUUAAGUUGCGCACCAUUGUCAAUAUGUUUUUAUCAUUACUUUUCAGAACAGUGUUUCUCAAAUAUUGUUUUUAUAUUUAUUUGUAAUGGUUUUUAAGGAUUUCUGUGAUUUUAUUCUAUCUCCUAAAUAUGUUUAUGGUUUGAUGCUUUCGUUGCAGGUCUAGUCUAGAAUAUAGUGUUUAAAUGAUCAAGUACCUAUUAAAUUUGAAAAGUGCACUUAUAUUUUUUAAAUUACAAACGAUGACAUAAGCCAUAAUGUGACACGCUCAUCCAAAGACCAAAUGUAUUUAGAAUAGUAAAGCUAGGUUGUAGAUAUAUUUGUAAUAUUUAAGAGAAAUAUUAUGUAUAUCUAAAGUAUAUGUUAUAUUCUAACAACUGGCUAAUAUUUUUGCAUUCCAAAUGUCAAAAUUAAAAAAUAUGAAUAAUUUGUUUCUUUUUAUACAAAUAUGUUGCGUUUCGUUUUAAACUAAUAGCAUACUCUUAUAGCUUAUAAACUAUUGUUAAUUUUAUAAAAAUAUUUAUUGGUUGUUACGUUUUCAUUAAUAAUUGAGCUUAACGGUUCCUAAAUCAAUUAAUUACUGAGCUAUAUUGGGCUUACCAAUACAAAUAGAAUAAUAUCAAUUACAUACUUCAAAAUAUUGAUUUAUCAAUAUAAAAGCCUUAAUUUUUGGAAAUUAGAUUAAGGUAAAUUUGAAAUGGGGCCAGUAUGUGCAGAGGGAUUAUGAAGUAAGCAAACAAAAAUGUAAGCACAUGGUUGAGCCUUUGGAAUGGAAAUGGAUUCUAUUUGGUUUCGCCAUGUGGAAUAUUCAAUUUUAUACUCAUUAAAACCGGUAAAAUCCAUUUCUUAUGAAUAAUGGUGCUGGAAGAUCUGUAUAUUGUAAGAAAUUAAAUCCAUUGCUAAUGUUACUCUUUAAAGUAAUGGACGUUAGUCAGCGUAGGUAAAGUAUAAUAAAUAAUUGUAAGCCAUCUGUUCGGAUUGUUAAAUGGAAUAUUUACAAUUGCUUGCAAAGCAAUCCGACGUCAAAAUUGUUUCGUUCGAUAAGGUAAAUCUUUGCGUUUGAGAAACACUGGUCUAGGAUAUUUAUAAGUUAGGGCGUAAUAAGUCGGCACCCAAAGUGUACCCAUUUGGUUCCAAAGUAUAUUGUUGAAUGUUUUGUUACAUACGAGCGCGGUUCAAUCUAUAUCCUUUUAUGGUAGAAAUAAAGUUUAUUCAUUAACAAA